CUAAUGUUUAUUUACAUUGCUUGUUUUGAACAUCUGUGAUAAGGAAUGUUCAGUCUAUAAUGUCUGAUUUAUACAAAAAUAGGAUCCUAAAUCCAAAAAGUUAAAAUUUCCGCAUCGGCAUUACGAACCUCAGAACAUUUAGGAAUCCUCAAGGGUAUCAUAAUUCCUGAACACGAUGUACGGUUGUCCACAUUGUUUCAAAAUAAUUCGCACCAAAAAAGCCUUCGAAAGGCAUUUGGAGGAUUGCAAGAAAAGGAAUUACUCGUGCGAGUUGUGUGAUUUGAAAUUCAAUGAACCAGAGUUGUUGGAAAUCCACAAGAAGAGCCACGAAAAGAGCGACCAAGAUAUUCCAAAGUAUGAAAUAAUAGAAACUGUGGAUGACGAAGACGAUGACAGCGAUUUUGAUACGGACAUAGCAGUAGAAGAACCAAGCACAGGAUCGGCGUUUUGUGAAGAUCCGGACACGAAACCCGAGAACGAGGUGAUCUGUGAUGAUAGUCGCGCCCUUGCAGGUCCAAGUGAUAUUACUAUUAAGAUGGAGUUUUCUGCAGAGGAAACAAAGUUACAGAAUCUACCGGAUAAGCAGAUCGUUGCUUGCACUUCUUCUCAUAAUAGUGUUGUUGAGCAGUUAUCAAAUCACGAAAACAGCAGUCUUCAUCAAGAUGCCCCAAUACUGGAGGCAUCAACCCAUGCUACUAGUUUGCGAUCAAAGCUCAGGCUUGCUGGAAUCUCCUCUAAUAUAGAAUCUGAAACUGACACUUCCGAUGAGACAAACACCGUAAAAGCUGAAGCUGCAGACGAAUCUUGUGGUUCUGAAAAUGUUGAACGGAGCAUCAAUGAUCAGGACUCUCAGCCAUCGGACGAUGAACACAGUUCAUCAAACGUGGAGAAAACUGCUAAAGAGGAUGCGGAUGUGAACGAUCCUGAUGAGCCAUAUGAAUGUGACCUAUCCUUCCAAAAGAAAAAUUCAAGGAAGCACCAUAAGAAAGUAGUUCAUGACAAAGCUCUAUACGAAUGUGCGCAUUGUGCAAAGAAGUUCCGUUACAAAUGCCGAUUGCUGCCGCAUUUGAAAACUCAUUUCGACACGCUGUACGUUCCGAAAAAGAAGGAUGAUAGCUCAACACCCAGGGUAGCUUCCAAGGUCAAAGACCAAUGCCCCUAUUGCUAUAGCACAUUUUGGAAAGGUAAAAUCUACAACAAACAUAUCUAUCAUUGCGGUCCGAGAGAUUGUGACAUUUGCCAUCGAAAAUUCGACAGAUAUCAUCAGCUCACCUAUCACGUGAAAAAAUUCCACAGAGAAAUGCGGCUUCGCUGUCCAACGUGUCCUAAGAUAUAUAUUGACAAGCGCGAUUUCAACCUGCAUGCAGCUUGUUGUGCAAAGCGCAAAUUCAGAUGUGACAUUUGCAGUUUAAAAUUUAAGCGAAAAUUUACUAUGGAGUGUCAUAAAUCUCUAACGCAUAAUCGCGUUAUCAAGCCCGACAAGCCUUUUGGAAUUCUGUUGGAAGAUACCAACAUUAAUAUCAAAACUGAACUUGUGCUGGAGGGAACAACACUACAGCCUCAGGACGUUGAGCUGAGGUAUCCGCCGCGCAUAAUGAACGGUCCAAGGACACGAUUUCCCUGUCCAAUCUGUAAAAAAGAGUAUGCUACUAAGUCAGGAAUGCACUACCAUAAGCGAGUUCAUUACGUCCCUCGUUUCAAAUGUCCAGAGUGCGGCAAAUGGUUCCAUUUCAAAAGUACAUUGUUGAAACAUAUGAGAGUUCAUUCCGAAACCUCCAGAGAGCAUCGCAAAUCAAGUGCAAACAAGCCGCAAAAAUGCCCCAUUUGUGAAGUCGUGCGUUCCGGCAGAAGAAGUCUGAGGGAUCAUAUUAGAGAUGCGCAUACGGAACACCGCUUCAAAUGUACUGUUUGUCCGAAAGCGUUUCACCGUCGAGCUUCGUUUUUACUUCAUUCAAGGAAUCACGAAAGGCUGUCGAAGGAGCUUGCGGCUGUAGAUACGAAAAAAUUGAAACUGUGCAAGGUGUGCAGCCUACCGUUUCCUAACAUUAAAAGGCGACAACAUCAUAUGAUAACAAAGCAUCGCGACCCGCAAUUCAAGUGUUCAAAGUGUGAAAAGCAGUUCUACUAUACAACUACGCUGAAAAGACACGAACUGCUGCACCUGAAAAAGGAGAUGGGCAAUUUGCCUCAAGAGAAAAAAACCAAAAGACCACCGCGAGACCCACUGGCAACGAAGACGUGCCAGGAAUGUAAAGCUGUAUUUCCGUCGUACAGAACAAAGUAUCAUCAUAUGAUAACAGAACACACCGAACCGAAGUACGCGUGCAAAUACUGUUCGAAAAGGUUCCAUUUUUCAGCUUGUAUUACGCGCCAUCUAAAAAUACACGAAGGACCGAAAGCAAAUCAGAAGUGUAGCAUUUGUUCGGAGCAGUUUGACCGCGAAGAGGACAAGUGGCAACAUAUGCGGAAAGUGCAUGGAACUGCACAAUAUCGGUGCAAUGAAUGUUCGGAAACGUUCAUGAAUUUUCCCCAAAUGAAACGUCACCUUCAAAACCGUCACGGUAAGGAUUGGACUAAUCGAAGAUAUACAGUAAUUGAACGGCGUCACAGGAAAUCUGUGCCCAACGCACGCAGCCCAUCAGCAAAUCCCUCGGAACCGAAAGACAACGGCGCACAAUCAAGUGAUUACGAAAUGGACUACGCGUCAUCACGCGGUGAAGAUUCGGAAACAGCCAGGGCAACGAAUACGCAAGGAAUUGUCAACACAUGUAAGGAUUGUGGUGAGCAGUUUGCCAGUAGCAAAGAAAGUUACUACCACACGCUGAAGAAACAUCGAGAUUCUCUGUUCAAGUGUUCACAAUGUCCGAGUGCGUUCAUUGCUCUGCAAAAUCUUGCCCGUCACGAACAAGAAGCCCAUAGGAUCGUUUUGUCGAAGCGCGUGGUGGAGAAGACAUGCUCGAAGUGUAGACUUCAGUUUCCCAAUAAAUCGAUGAAGUUCAAGCACAUGGUGGCCGUACACGGGGCAACAUUGUUUCAAUGUCCUCAAUGUCCGAAAGUAUUCAUUUACAAGCAUACCCUUAUACGUCACCAGGAAACUGCGCACAUCCAACAGAAGCAGAAUCUUCCAAGGCUCACGAGUUCAACGCUGAGCUCUGGAAUAGAUAAACCAGACAUCAAGACAGUGAUAUACGAAAAAAGAUCGGUAGAAAACAACCCAAGUAUUGAUGAGAACACAAUGGAAAUCAGAAUUGGCGAACUUGAGAUUAUCGAAACCGUUGUAGAAGACACCGAAAUGGCCGGGAACAAGACUGAUGAAAGCACAAUGGGAAUUGAAACUGAAGAUGUUUCGAACACCAUAGGGUGGUCACAAACUCGGAUGGACAUACGAAACGGUAACACCUGCUUGUGUUGUGAGCUUCAGUUUACCACAAGUCUGGAAGCCUAUAAUCACAUGAUUGAGCAACAUCGGGAAAUCCUGAUUAUGUGUUCACAAUGUCAGAACUUGUUCGUUGAUAAAGAAAGUUUUCAAAUACACGAGCUAAUCCAUCACAAACCAUCGAAGCCUGUACUGGAACGGACAUGUAACAUAUGUGGGCUUAUGUUUUCAACCAGAAGUGAUAAGUAUUACCACAUGGUGUCUCAACACAUGGAGUCAUUGUUUAGGUGUUCGUUUUGUCCGAAAUUUUUAGUUUCCGAUAAUCAACGGAUACGUCACGAACGGGUAAUGCACAGCGAACCACACAUAAAUACCACAAAUGUUAAGCCGUCGCCAUCAUCGUUCCCUUGUUCAUAUUGCCCGAGAGUGUUCUCCUUCUACCAAAAUCUUUGGCGCCAUGAAAAAACGAUACACAGUACUGAAUCAGCACCGCCAACAACUGCGCGGAUAUGCACGAUAUGUGUUAUUCAAUUCAAAACCCAGGGGGAAAAGUUCAAACAUGUGGUGGAAAACCAUAGAGACACAAUGUUCGAAUGUACAACAUGCUCGAAACUGUUUAUUCACAAAGCAAGUGUUACACGUCACGAGAAAACAGUGCAUGGUUAUACGGAAGAAAGCCGUCCGAAACUCACAGACCCAACGAUGUGCUCUGGAGAUACUGAAGCAGUUGUAUAUGAAAUUGAUGAGCUAUCAGCGGAAGAAUCGGAAGUUCAUGGAGGUGAAACACACGAAUAUGCAACUGGUGAACUAGAACCUGGUGAGUUAGAACCUGGUGAACUGGAACCUGGUGAAAUAGCAAGAAUAGAAAAUGAAGAAGAGAUCGACGAUCAUAGGACUAACGAAGUUAAUGAAAACAAACUACAAGAACGUGUGAGCAAGGAAAACAAAGCUUAUGGUGUUGGUAUGAAGAAGCUAGACAUUGGUAUGCAUAUACAGGGACAAAUAGCAAGACUAUUGUUGGAAAGUGAGGCUGCAAAAAGCAAGACUGAUGAAACCAAAACUGAUGAAAUUGAGAUAUCGAACACGAACCAAAUUUAUGAAAUCAUUGAUGAUGACAGCAUGGAAAUCGAAACCGAAGAAAUUGAGAUUUUGGACACUACAGUUUCAACGCAAACGCAACAGAAAAAGCCAUCGUCGUUUCAGUGUGGUCAUUGUCCAAGAGCGUUUUCCUUCGCAUGUAACCUUAAGCGUCAUGUAAAAACCAUACACGGCGUACCAGGAAUGCUUCAGGAACCUAUCGUCGAACUUCCAACACCAACUGCUGGUGAACCGAUUGCCAUAAAUUCGAAGACAUGUUCGAAAUGCGGGCUUCAGUUCGAAAAAAGAAAGGACAAGUUAAAACACAUGAUGGAAGAACACGGAGCAACUUUGUUUAAAUGUUCCUAUUGCCCAAAACAAUUCAUCUUCAAACAAAGUGUUACUCGUCACGAGCGUACUGCACAUAGUCAAGAGGUGGAAACUCUUCCGAAAUCCACAAAUUCAACGGUGUACCCUGGAGAAGACAAUACAGAAGUUGAAUCUGCUGUAAACGCUGAGAAACAAGAUGAGGAAAAUCAACGUUAUGGAAAUGUAACUAAUGAACUGGCGCUUACGUUAACAAGUACAGAAGGGAAUGCCAGUGGAAUAAGAACUGAUGAAAAUACAAUCAAUUACAUUGAUUUCGAUGAAAACAAACUAAUACAACAUACUAUGGAAGAAAAUCAAGUUGAUGACGUGAAUAGUGAUGAAAAUAAUCUUGACGCUGGAAUUUAUGAAAUUGAGAUUUUUGACGUCCCAUCCGCGGAAAAUAUGAAGAUAGAAAGUAUAACUGAUGCAGCCGAAACUGAUGAACACAGGAUGGAUUAUAACACUGAUCAUGUUGAGAUGUUGGACAUUGUGAAAGAAUUAACAGCCGAUGAAACCAAGGCUGAUGAGUACAUGAUGGAAUAUAACACCGCUGAAGUUGGGUUGUCGGAUACCAUAAACGAAGAAGAUGUGACGGGAAAAAUCGCAUUUGAUGAAAUGGAAAUCAAAACAGAAGGAAUUGAAAUUUCGGACGCCAUAGUUUCAAUGACAACAAUGGUGAUAGCCCAUUCAGAUUCGAAGUUGGUGGAGGAAGUCAUACAGACUGAGGCAAAUACAGCUGCUGGAAAUGUUGCUGAUGAAGGCAAAACUGACGAAAAUGGAGUUGAUAGAAACGAGGCAGAUGAUAACGCAUUUUUCGAAGAGAUUGAUAUUGAUUACGACGUAGCGGAAGGAAAUGAAAUCACAAACGCCCAAGCUACAUCGGAAUUGAAGCGAGAAAAGCUGUUCAAAUGUCCGCUGUGUGCGUGUCCGUUCGUUCGAGAGCAAAAUCUUCUAAAACACAAAUGCAAAAAGGUCAAGGAUGGCACGCGCAAAUACGAAUGUUCCAAGUGUCCUGAGGUAUUCAACUCCAAGCUCAAAUUUAUGAACCAUCUGAACACUCACUAUACGUUUACGGAUAAGUCGCCCUGUGACAAAUGUGGUAAAACUUUCCAUAGAGCAUGCCAAAAGAAUUACCAUAUGGUGCAUGUCCAUUCCGAGCCAAAUUUCAAAUGUUCCAUCUGUUCGAAGAAGUUUUUCUAUGCAUAUCACAUGGAGCUUCAUAUGACCAUUCAUCAGCCGCCAAUUGGAACGGAUAGUGCCACAGAAAACGAAACAGUUGAAAACGAAGCUGCAAAUAGUAUUGAUGAUGGCAGCACGACAGAUGAGUAUGAAACGGAUGAAAGCGAAAGUGGGCAAGAGAAUGACGAUGAGGGGAAUGAAAUCAUAGAAAUUGGAGACGACGGAACUGAUGAAGCAGAUGAAAAUGAAAACGAUAAAAGCGAAUCCAGACAGAAUGAAAAUGAUAUUAUAGAAAUUGAAGAUGAUGAAUCGGAUACAGAUGAAGUUGUGGCCGUGCAAAGUAAGGAAAAUGAUGUUAUAGAAAUUGGUUCGGAUGACGAAAAUGAAUCGGAUAAAACUAAGGAUAGCUGCAAAACCCAGGAAAACGACAAUGUUGGAUCGCAAGCUCCGUACACCAAACAAAUCGUUCACGCCUGUUCGGGUUGUGGGCUUCAGUUUGCCACUAGUAGAGAAAACUAUUAUCACAUGCUGGAAAAUCACCGGGAGUCCCUAUUCAAAUGUUCACACUGUCCGAGCGCGUUCAUUCGGAAACAAAGUCUUCUACGGCACGAACAAACUCACAAGCAACACCAACCGACCAGUAGUAGUAGAAUAGGAACAAAUGACGCGACGACUACGAUGUUCAAGUGUUCCAGUUGUCCCAAAACGUUCGAUUCCAAAGAAGCCUUCGUAGACCACGAAAAAAGUCACCGGGAAGUGGGAGAGAUAGUGAGCACGGAAAACCAGCUUUCGGAAUCAGAUGAUUCUGAAACGUUUCCGUGUUCAAAAUGUGACCUGGAAUUUGCUAAUCAUAGAAGGAGACAUUAUCAUGAAGUAACAGCACAUAGUGAUCCGUCAUUUAAAUGUAAGUUGUGCUCCAAAGAGUUUCAUUUUAAAACAUGUUAUACUCGUCAUCAACUAACUCACCAGCGAUAGCAAGAAAGAAAACAGUUGAUUGAUGGAAUCAUCGUAAUAUCGUAAUGUUCACCCAGAAACAAUCUCUCUAAUAACAAUAUUCACGCUGACCUUGACCUGUUCAUUGUCCAGGAAAUCUCAAAUGAGUAAGAGGACUAGGGUAAAAUCGUCGUAAGAGAUAAUUUAGGUAUUUGACUACUGUCAGUGUCAGGUACAUUGAUAUUUUUGAUAAUUUAUAACGGCUGCCAAUUAUUCCCAGAAUUAUCAUAUUAUUCUUUGGAUUUCUAGAAGUAGAAGAAACAACUUUGGGAAAGUAUGAUGCAUUUUGUAGCCGAAAUACAAAUCUUUCAAUAUUUA